GCAGCCAGCCAGAGGUCUCUGAGGUUAAAGCUGAGCACAAUAAAUGGGAGAUCCCCCAGACAGAAGAACCCCUUCCUGUUAAACAAGAAGAGGUGCUGGAAACUGUCCGUAUUAAACAGGAGCCCCCUGAAGUAGAGUUUGACCACAUGGAACCAGUGAAGGAAGAAUCCGAGGACUUCAAACCAAACAUCUCUGAGCUGGAGCCUGUACGCCUGCGGGAGUGUAGCGUGGUGCUGGAGAGAAUCUGCGUGAGAGAGCAAGGCGCUGGAGAGGAAGGCUCUCCCAACAGCACGCAAGGAGGUGGAAAGGAAGACGGGCGCUCCCAUUCAGAAUGCAGUCUAGCAGGUUCCAGUCCAGCAGCUAAAGUGAGGGCGGGAGCUGGAGAAUAUCCUGAUUGUGGGAAAGGUUUCACCCAGUUUGGGCAUUUUAAAACACACCAGCGAACUGACGCAGAAAAGAAACCGUAUCGUUGCUCUGACUGUGGAAAGAGUUUCAGUCAGUCAGGUACCCUGAAAACACACCAGCGAAUUCACACAGGAGAGAAACCGUAUUCCUGCACUCACUGUGGGAAGAGUUUCAGUCAGUCAAACAACCUUGUAUCACACCAGCGAAUUCACACAGGAGAGAAACCGUAUCGCUGCUCUGACUGUGGAAAGAGUUUUCAGUCAAACAACCUUGUUUCACACCAGCAAAUUCACAGAGGAGAGAAACUGUAUUGCUGCUCUGAUUGUGGGAAGAGUUUCAGUUACUCAGGAACCCUGAAAGCACACCAGCAAAUUCACACAGGAGGGAAAACAUAUUGUUGCUCUGACUGUGGGAAGAGUUUCAGUCAUUCAAACAGCCUUCUUUUCCACCAGCGAAUUCACACGGGAGAGAAACCGUAUCGCUGCUCUGACUGCGGGAAGAGUUUCAGUUACUCAGGAGACAUGAAAGCACACCAGCGAAUUCACACAGGAGAAAAACCGUAUUGCUGCUCUGACUGUGGGAAGAGUUUCAGUCGGUCAAACAGCCUUGUUUCACACCAGCGAAUUCACACAGGAGAGAAACCAUAUCGCUGCUCCGACUGUGGGAAGAGUUUCAGUUAUUCAGGAAACCUGAAAACACACCAGCGCAUUCACACAGGAGAGAAACCGUAUUACUGCUCUGACUGUGGGAAGAGUUUCACCCAGUUAGAGCAUUUUAAAACACACCAGCGAAUUCACACAGGAGAGAAACCGUAUCACUGUUCUGACUGUGGGAAGAGUUUCAGUAGGUCACAAAACAUGAUAAAACACCUGCGAAUUCACACAGGAGAGCAACUGUAUCGCUGCUCUGACUGUGGGAAGAGUUUCAGUCAGUCAAACAACCUUGUUUCACACCAGCGAAUUCACACAGGAGAGAAACCAUAUCACUGUUCUGACUGUGGGAAGAGUUUCAGUUACUCAGGAGACAUGAAAGCACACCAGCGAAUUCACACAGGAGAAAAAACGUAUCGCUGCUCUGACUGUGGGAAGAGUUUCAGUCAGUCCGGACACCUUGUUUCACACCAGCGAACUCACACAGGAGAGAAACCGUAUCGCUGCUCUGACUGUGGGAAGAGUUUCAGUAGGUCAGGAGACUUGAAAGAACACCAGCGAAUUCACACAGGAGAAAAAACGUAUCGCUGCUCUGACUGUGGGAAGAGUUUCAGUCAGUCCGGACACCUUGUUUCACACCAGCGAAUUCACACAGGAGAGAAACCGUAUCGCUGCUCUGACUGUGGGAAGAGUUUCAGUAGGUCAGGAGACAUGAAAGAACACCAGCGAAUUCACACAGGAGAGAAACCGUAUUCCUGCUCUGACUGUGGGAAGAGUUUCAGUCAGUCCGGACACCUUGUUUCACACCAGCGAAUUCACACAGGAGAGAAACCGUAUCACUGUUCUGACUGUGGGAAGAGUUUCAGUAGGUCAGGAGACAUGAAAAAACACCAGCGAAUUCACACAGGAGAGAAACCGUAUUCCUGCUCUGACUGUGGGAAGAGUUUCAGUCAUUCAAACAACCUUGUUUCACACCAGCGAAUUCACACAGGAGAGAAACCGUAUCGCUGCUCUGACUGUGGGAAGAGUUUCCUGUGGAGUAGUGACAUGAAAGCACACCAGCGAAUUCACACAGGAGAGAAACCGUAUUCCUGCACUCGCUGUGGGAAGAGUUUCAGUCAGUCAAACAACCUUGUUUUACACCAGAGAAUUCACACAGGAGAGAAACCGUAUUCCUGCUCUGACUGUGGAAAGACUUUCAGCUAUUCAAACAGCCUUGUUGUCCACCAGCGAAUUCACACAGGAGAGAAACCGUAUCGCUGCUCUGACUGUGGGAAGAGUUUCAGUCAGUCAGCCAGCCUUAAAACACACCAGCGAAUUCACACAAGAGAGAAACCGUAUCACUGCUCUGACUGUGGGAAGAGUUUCGGUUGGGCAGGAACCCUGAAAGCACACCAGCGAAUUCACACAAGAGAGAAACCGUAUCGCUGCUCUGACUGUGGGAAGAGUUUCAGUUAUUCAGGAAACCUGAGAAUACACCAGCAAAUUCACACAGGAGAGAGACCGUAUCGCUGCUCUGACUGUGGGAAGAGUUUCCGUCUUAAACAAGGCCUUCAGAAACACCAGCUAAUUCACACAGGAGAGAAACCGUAUCGCUGCUCUGACUGUGGGAAGAGUUUCUACCAUUUUAAAACACACCAGCGAACUCACACAGGAGAGAAACCGUAUCCCUGCUCUGACUGUGGUAAGAGUUUCAGUCAGUCAAGAGACCUGAAAACACACCAGCGAAUUCACACAGGAGAGAAACCAUAUCUCUGCUCUGACUGUGGAAAGAGUUUCAGUCAGUUAGGCAACCUUCUUUCACACCAGCUAAUUCACACAGGAGAGAAACCGUAUUGCUGCUCUGACUGUGGGAAGAGUUUCAGUCAGUCAAACAGGCUUGUUUCACACCAGAGAAUUCACACAGGAGAGAAACCGUAUUCCUGCUCUGACUGUGGGAAGAGUUUCAGUCGGUCAGACAAGCUUGUUUCACACCAGAGAAUUCACACAGGAGAGAAACCAUAUCACUGCUCUGACUGUGGGAAGAGUUUCUCUAGGUCAGCAGACAUGAAAGCACACCAGCGAAUUCACACAGGAGAGAAACCAUAUUCCUGCUCUGACUGUGGGAAGGGUUUCUGUAGGUCAGCAGACAUGAAAGCACACCAGCGAAUUCACACAGGAGAGAAACCAUAUUCCUGCUCUGACUGUGGGAAGAGUUUCAGUCGGUCAUACAGGCUUGUUUCACACCAGAGAAUUCACACUGGAGAAAAACCAUAUUCCUGCUCUGACUGUGGGAAGAGUUUCAGUCGGUCAGACAAGCUUGUUUCACACCAGAGAAUUCACACAGGAGAGAAACCAUAUCACUGCUCUGACUGUGGGAAGAGUUUCAGUCAUUCAAACAACCUUGUUUCACACCAGGUAAUUCACACAGGAAAGAAACCAUAUUGCUGCUCUGACUGUGGGAAGAGUUUCAGCAGGUCAGCAGACAUGAAUGCACACCAGCGAAUUCACACAGGAGAAAAACCAUAUUCCUGCUCUGACUGUGGGAAGAGUUUCAGUCAGUCAAACAGGCUUGUUUCACACCAGCGAAUUCACACAGGAGAGAAACCGUAUCGCUGCUGUGACUGUGGGAAGAGUUUCCGUUUUAAACAAGGCCUUAAAACACACCAGCGAAUUCACAGAAGAGAGAAACCUUAAAGACUAUGUUAAUUGGGACUGUUCUAUCAUGAAGAAAAAAAUGUCAACCUUGCAUUAUGAAUUUGAAACAAAAACACUUUGGAAAUGUGAAAAAUCACCAAGUUAUCAAAAGUACCCAGCCAGUUAAAGUAGAGAUAUCAAAAACACAAGACAAGCUUCAAGAAACCAUUGUGGCAACCUUGCCCAGCACCAAGCAACUGGGCACAACUGUAAAACCGAUGAGGUCCAAGGUUGCCCCAAUUUCACAACUAACACAU